CACUAAAUAUGGCUAGCCGUUAGCUUCCGUUAGCUUGUCUAGUUUUGCCCACGGAUAGCUGUAGACGUCUGUGCGUAUACCUUCUGAGCAUAUUUUACGGUCUUAAAAUAACAAAUGCAAAUGAUGGCUUCAUUUGGCUGGAAGAGGAAAGUUGGUGAGAAGGUUUCAAAGUCUGUGGUGCAGCAGUUUGAGGCUGAGGCAGAAAAGGUUGAAGAUGCUGGACCACGUCAGGAUGAGGAGGUGGACUGGCUGCACGCCAUCAAACGACGGCGGGAGAUCCUGCUGGAGGACUGUGCAGCCAAGAGCAAGAGGCUGAAGGAUGAAGGUGCAAUGCUGGCUGAGCACGGCAGGCACUGGGAGGCCAUUAAGAAGUUGGACGAAGCCAUUCAGCUGACUCCAGACAACCCACUUCUGUAUGAGAUGAAGUCUCAGGUACUGACCAUUUUACAGGAAGUGUUUCCUGCUGUGAAGGCAGCAGAGAUGGCUGUGAAGUUUCGCCCUCUUUGGUGGGAGGGCUGGCAGACUCUGGGCCGUGCCCAGCUCAACCUGGGAGAAGUGGACCUGGCUGUGAGGUCCUUCCAGGUUGCGAUCCACCUGUGCCCAUCAGAGCGCAGCCUGUGGCAGGAAGACCUGGAGUGGGCAUGGAGGUUACAGAAACAGGAUUUAGCAACCAAGGAGAAGACUCGGCAAGAGGAGGAGACCAAGGAACGGAUCCUUAACGCCCCUGAGCUCGAGCAGGACUAUGAUUUUGAGUCUGAUGAGGUGCUGGCCGCCUGCGUGGCCGUUGCCGAGCGACAGACACAAUACGAGGAGCUAAAGAGGAGCGCCGUGGUCAUAGACGCUGAGGGAAAUGUAAAAAACGUUCUCCCCGGGGAAGAGGGAGCAGAGGACGCAGCCAUACCAUCAAACGAACAGUUUGUCAAAGCAAGGAGACUUUGAAUUGGUUUCAGUAUGAAUUGAUUGUCCCGGGUCACAUUUUUUGGGACUGAAUGCUUUUAUUUCUGAAACCACAGCGAGUGUGUGAAGCUAUAGUAUAAAAAAAAAAAACCUAGUCAGAAGCAAACACGAGAACUUUGAGUAAAUUGCAACAGAAUGAAAUACAAUUUGAGUUUUGUUGUUUUACAUUUUCCAUCCAUUUAAUGUUUAUUGUGUUAAAUGUGCACGCAAAGUUUGUACAUGUUUUGAAGCUAUAAACUUUAGCAUCUCCUAGUUCUACGGUAUGUGUUUCCUCUGGAUAGCACAAUAAUGCUUUUAGCUAAUAUCUAAUGUACUCUGUGGUUACAUUAGAAUCUACUUUAUGACACUCUGAAACCAGAGAGUUCCACUUGAUGGAGUCUGAAGGUUUCGUAGGUUUUAUUGGGGGGAAAAAAAGAAAAAAGGAUGUGCCUGGUUGAAAUUGGCAGCAUUUUCACUUGUGACUAUUUAUCAAAUUUAGACACAAUUUACAGAAAAUUGUACAAAUAAAGAAGGAAAACAAACGCUCCAGUCGCACUAAUAAUCCUAUAGAUGAAGCAGUGAAAAGCUGCUAACACAUUAAUAAGGAAACACAAUCAGCAUUUGUGUUAAAGCGGUUUGCUUCUAUAGUAGAUUAAAUUGAUUUAUCUAGUUGUAAGGUAGGAGUAUUGACCUUUGAGGUUUCAAUGUGUCUGUGUUUGGUUGUUAGUUAAAAAAAAAAGAGCGUCCAUUCUCAGCAAAUUGUCAAUGAGUGACUAAACAUGAAUUAAAAGGUAUAAAAGGAA